AUGGAUUGGCGAGGGAAAGCAAACUGCAGGUGGGCGUUUGGUUUGCCCGUCCCUGAUCUUCGCCCGCACUUCUCGUCGCCCUCGCUCAACCACGGCGCCGCCUCCCAUGGCUGGCUUGGCCCAGCAAAGCAGCACGCCCACGGCCUCGCCCACACAGCGCCGCCGCCGCCAUCGCCUUGUGCGCGCGACUGGGCGCUGUUGUCGCGUGAGCGUGUGCCGUGUGGGCUGGGCCUGGUCGCCGCUGUACGGCCGCAAAGGUCGACUAGGAGCAGCGAGGGUGCGGCGCAGCUGGGGUUUGGCUCUGGCUUGGCGUUGAGCGCAACCGCAGGCGAGGCCCGAGCGGGCAGUGCGACCGGCCAAUGUCUGCGCGGCUUGACGCACGCGGAGCGGCUGGCCGAGAGGCUUGAGCGCUUUGCUUGUCUGUCAGCCUCUGCCUCUGCCUCCUUCUCAUGCACCCGCACCAGCGUUGGACAAGCUCCCAGCUAUCGAAUCGUCCAUAGCACCACCACCACCACUGCUACUACUACUACUACUACUACCGCAUGGCGCCCUGCUGGCGGGGCCCGCCCUCUGUCCACCGCCCACCGCCCGCCGGCCAGACCACGCCAGCGGCACGGCGGCGAGGGCACACAAACAAGGCACAAAAAGAAGCUUUUGGCCUGCCCAAAGCAGUGGGAAACCCAUCCAAGACGUGCAUGGGUGCCGAUAGCCGCCUGCAUGCACACGUAG